AUGAGUGAUGGAUCAGUACGUCUCCAAGGACUGGAGAGAAAUCGAGCAUAUGCUAAGGCUUUCAGAGGUGGCAGCCAAGACCACAGCUGGGGGUCGGCGGCCCUUCCACCACCAGGAGCCACCGCAAGAUAUGGGGGUUUUGGUUAUGGGUUCGGUAUCUGGAAGUUGGACUUUCCCUAUCGGGACAAGAUGGUUGGAUACAUCACAAACUACAGCAGGUGCUUCUGGCAGGGCAGCACUGACCACCGCGGGGUCCCCGGCAAGGCAAGAAGCCAGUCAGCUCCCACACGGCCCCCAGACCGCUCCCCAACUCCAGGCAGCCUGGAAGAGUUGACUCUCGUUGAAGAUCCUGGGGGUUGUGUUUGGGGUGUUGCUUUCAAACUACCAGUAGGAAAAGUAGUAGUAGUAAAAACAUACCUUGACUUCAGAGAAAGGAGGUUGCGUAACAUUCAUUUUUUAAUCCAAAAGAUCCCACAACAAAAACAAUUCAGUGUGCUUUUAUAUAUUGGAACAUGUGAUAAUCCUAAUUAUCUUGGUCCUGCCCCUCUGGAAGACAGUGCUGAACAAAUUGUUAAUGCAGCUGGUCCAAGUGGAAGAAAGUAUCUUUUUGAGCUUGCAAAUUCUAUUAGAAACCUUGUACUAGAAGAUGCAGAUGAGCAUCUUUUCUCCUUGGAAAAAUUAGUAAAAGAACAUUUAGAAGAAAAACAGAACCUCAGAUGCAUAUAA